AUGCUCUCGGCCGCCGGCGGUGUGGCGCGCUCCCUCGCCGCCGCCGCUGUCGGGGCAGCUGGUACGGUGAUCGGCGCCGCGGUCGGCCUCGUCACGGGCUUCGCCAACGAGGAGUCGGGCGGCCUGCUCCGGGGCGCGCUGGUAGGAGCGGUCACCGGCGCGCUCGUCUCCGUCGACCUCGCUGACUCCCUCCUCAGGAUAUGGACCUGCGACGUCUCCGCCAUGGACACGCGCAUCAAACGCACGCGGCUGCUGCUCCAGACCUUCGCGGCAGGCCGCCUCCUGCGCGGCUGCGCGUUCCCGACCAUCAGCGGCCUAGGCGAGCACUACGACCUCUUCGAGCCGAGCUCCGCGGUGAUGGCCGCGCGGAGGGCCGUCGUGGAGAGCCUCCCGGCGACGACGCUCACCGAGGAAACCGCGGCCGCGUGGCUGCAGAUCCCCUGCCCCAUAUGCCUCCAUGAAUUCCAAACGGGUGAGAGAGCCAGGAGGCUGCCUGCCUGCGGCCACGUGUUCCACCUAACGUGCAUCAACAGCUGGCUCCUGUGGAAGCCCCAGUGCCCGAUGUGCCGACACGCCGUCUACUAGCUAGCUAGCUACCGGCGACGGUGCCCUCGUCGCCGGCGAGGACUAUUUCGAAGAUUGGUAGCCAGGAAUUCUCCAUCGGCCUCACGAACGCAGAGGACCGAGUAGUUCUCUCCCGUGACGACAGACAUUUUCCCGAUCGAGAAAUGUGUUGUUUUUGUUGUACUACAAAAGAUGCAGAUGCUUUUUUUUUUUGCGAAUCAAAAGAUGCAGAUGCUAGUGUCGUAUCGUAACUACUGAUUUGG